ACCUCGUCGAGCAUGAGAUUCCGCUGAGAUAUCUCACGGCGUGGAUAUAACUUUGACGAAGUUGACCAUCGAAAAUUUGAAGCAGAGACCGGCGGUGGGGAAAGCAUUAGACGCACUUACUUUCGCUGUCGCCAACACCAACGCCGACGCCGACGCCAACGCCAACGCUAGUACGAGCAUUACGUGCAUCUUAUUCAUCAGAAAAAGAAACCAUGUCGAAUUUCGACGCAGAUUUUUUCAGAGGCUUGCUUAAGGAAGAGCGCGAAGAGGCCCUCGAUUGCCUGGAGGUCGAUCUCGAUUUGGAAGACGCAUUUGUUGAGGCAUGCCACGACUAUAAAGACGCAAAGAAAGCACAAGACGCCGCGGAAUCCGAAGAAGAUGCCGGAGCGGCAGCAGCAGAGUUGAAAGAAUGCUUUGAGAGGUGUGUAGAAACCGCCAAGCCGAUCCUAGAUAGCAUCGAUCUGAAAGAGAAUGAUCUGGACAUGUCACUGCUGCGGACAGCCAUGUUGGUACGCGGGGGUCCAAAAUCCUUUGCCAAGUUUGCUGAUCAUGGCGAUCUCAAUGGGCAGCUCGUCGAAACACUUCUCAACAAUAAAAAGAUCAUGAAGGGCAUGAUACUAAAUGGUGGACCUAUGGGCAAGAAGUACGGCAACGCCAUGAGGAUAUACACGCAGAUCAUGGCUGGGAUAGAAAACGACCGAUUCCACAAGGUCAACAAAAAGUUGGCCAUGGCUGUUGCAUUGGAGUUCGCGCAUCCCCAAACCGAGUUUGACACCAACGUAGAAAUCGAUGCACAGAAACGAUUCAACCACUAUGCAACGGCCCACAAAAAGGGAGAACUCGACCCUGCAUUCAGCUAUUUUUCUAUCUGGGAACUGCGAAUGGCGAUAAACAGCGAUGCUACCAACGAGCAAUUGCAAUGGGGGAGAGAUAUGCAAAUGACCUACGCACCGCACAUUGCCUCGAUUUACAACGAGAGGUGGCGGUACGGCUACAUGGUGUACACCGAUGUAGGGCAUCGCGCACCCAACUGGACGUCGUCUCCCCGUACCUACCAGCAACUCCUGAGCGGGGGUGGACGAGAGGGCCCCCGGGCCUGGUUCGGGCGGUUUAUUUGCCGCGCCUUUGGCAUUCCGGUCUGGGGUUUCAAACAGCACCCGAACAACGUCGGCUUGUCGCGGUGGACGCCCAAGGGUUGGCAGAUGGUCUUCGAGCUGCCCGGCUCCGGCUUUGACUCGUGCUACAUGGACCAGCGGCCGGCCACGGAUUUCAUCGAGGAAGCGAACGCGCGAUCUGCCAGUAGCGAACAAGAAUACUACGAAAAAGUGGUGCUUCUGGAUUGCCUCGGAGACGUCUGCAAGGAGAAGAUGCCGAAGGACGACGCAUCCGGUUCCGUGGACCCCAACCGGAUGUGGAGGUCCCUGGCGUUGAUCCAGCGAAAACUCUUGGCCGAACGGGUUCGGGACAACCCCAAGUGCUUCGAACGGAAGGGCCCGAGCAUCAUCAAGUCCAAGAUCGAGAAGUACAUACAGACCAUCAACAAAACGGUUUCUCCCCGCCCUCUCAAAAUGGACGACGCCGGCGCCGUCACGGUUCCCGCGGCGUCCUUCGCCGAGUCGAACGGAAAGAAGUAUGUGCGAAGCCCACCGUCGUUCGGGGGCGGGAACCAGCUCCACCUGGUCGACGGCGAGGGUUUUGCCACGUACGAGGUGCCGUCCGGGGUGUGCUUCGAGGAGGGCCGUGAGUACGAGUUGUCGGCAAGGGUAGCGACGGUCCACCUGGUGCAGCAGAACCUGAAACUGGAAACCACCGACGGUGGAUCCCCCUGCGUCUACGAGAUAGAGAUUCCGUACACCCUCGGCGAAUGGCAGGACACGGAACCCGUCCGGGUCAGGGCCGGGGGUGCCUCCACCCUCAAGAUUUUUCGGAAAAAGGCGACCGACUGCUUCGGGCUUGCCAUCAAGAGCUUCACCUUCACGCCUUGCUAACAAACGCACGGCACGUUGCCUUCCGAAGGAAACCGACCGACUGUUUCGGGCUUGCAGCCGGGAGCUUCGGCUUCGCCCCCUGGUAGCAAACGUGCAAUGCGUUGUGGUUCCGACACUACGGUGCGAAGUCAAGACCCGGUGCUCCCGUCCGCUUUUUUGGGAUCGCAGACUCGAGCAACGGUGACAAGGGAAGUUUUUUCGGUAGGAGGUUGGGAGCGAGUGGUUUGAACAAACUCCGUAGCAAUACCAAUUAGCGAAAAAUCUCGAAGCUACAUUUCUUAAACUCAUUAAUUGAUUUGGAAAAAAAACAUUUUUGUAGG